GCGGACCGCGGCGCCUUCACCCGCGGGGGACAACAUGGACGAGCCCUUCUCUGAGUUCGAUGCCGGGAGCCCCGGCCCCUCGUCCCGGCGGUCUCCCAGUCCCCCGGCAGGGCAGGCCUCCUGGCUGCGGCGUACCCGGGACCGUGUGUCCCUGAGACUGAGGUGCGCGGUGCGAGAGCCGGUGCCGGUGGCCGUGCUGGCCGUGCAGCGGUACCUGGGGGACAGUAGUAGUUCCGGCUACUCUUACGAUGUCACCCUGUGGGACGGAGCCGAGCAGGACACCUGGCUGCUGUCCCCGGAGCUGCGGCACCUGGUGCAGGGGAACCGGCUGCGCUGCGGCUGCUCGGUGCUCGUCCGCUGCUGCUCGUACCGCUACCUGGAGAAGAAGCUGGCCAGCGGACUGGUGUGCAUAGAGGAGCUGGAGCCCGGCCAGGAGGGGCCCCCCGGGGAGCCGCAGCCGCUCCGGACACCGGCCAGCCCGCUCUCCGGGGACAGGAGGCAUUAUCUGCCGCUGUGGAAUAACGAGGACCCGUACGGGGACAUGUGGAGGAGGCGAGAGCAGGGGCAGGACGGCGGCGUGGACGUCACCAAAGUCUGCUCAUUACAGAAGCUGGAAAUGAUGGGGCUGUCAAGAGUAACCUUACCUCCUCUGCUUGUACGGGUCAUGCACAAAUCCAGACUUCGCUAUUUUGGCAAAGCAGAGAAGAGAACGGACUACCCUUAUCAAGCUUAUUUUGAGGUUGCUGAUCACUCUGGUAUGAUGUCUCUUGUGCUCUGGAAUUCCCUCUGUCCAGAAUGGUACAAUACACUCCAGGUUGGCAAUGUAGUCUUACUGCACCAAUAUUCCGUGAAGAAGGGUUAUGUCUGCAGGACCCUCCCGACUCCAGGGAAUUCGCAGGUGAAGAGACUGCCUUCCCUUGAAAUAAGCUUGAAUGCCAGAGAUCCUGCACCCAAAAUUACUGUUCUCUCUGAAAGUAAUGUGAAAUCUGAGUGGAAUUUGCCAGCUGUGAAAUAUCAGUUUGUCACAAGACUAGAAUUUAAUGACCUACCUCACAACAGAGUCUGUGACGUCAUAGGACUUGUAACUUAUGUUGGAAGAUCUGAACGAUUACGAAAAAGGGAUGACUGGGAAGAUUUCUGGGUGUAUCGAUGGGUUCAAAUGAUUGAUGGGACUUCAAACCAGCCAUUUCUACUUGAAAUUUUUGCAACCUCACAGCCGGAUAUUUUUGAAAAUAUAUGUCCAAUGUCUUAUCUGGUGUGCACUCAGAUGCGCGUGAUCCAAGAAUAUCCGGAUGAUACCACCUACAAUGCUUAUCUUACAACCACCAAUGAAAGUCAAGUAUUUAUAACUGGUCAUCAUAAAGGGCAGCCGUAUACAAGCGAUGAGAAAGUAAAGAACUAUAUAAAAUGGAUGAAAACUCAAAAUGAAGCUGAAAUCGGGCAGAAAACAUCAAUUGGUGGCUACCAUCCCUAUCCACCAAUCCCAUCAACCUUUUCCAAGUUCCUUAAUGAUAGAAAAACAGAGGAAAUAUUAAUUACAAUCUUGGAACUGAAGGCAAUGGUUGAGCAGCUUCAUUACAGGGAGCACAAGCGUGUUGCUGUUCAGGGAAUUAUUGCUGCUUGUACAUUUGUGGAAAAUGACUCAAAAACUGAAAUGGAGCAGGUUCUGUGCGGGGUCUCUGCAGUGGCGGACCACUCUGUCAACAUUUCAAAACGAUGUGCAGAACAGCUGACGCCUCUGAAGGAAGCUCCUAACCUGGUAAAGAGAAGGAAACGGCCGGACUCAGGAGUGGGCCCUACAGUUUCCAAACCUGAGAAUAUCACAGGCACACAGCAGUUAGGCCAAGAAGUGAACCCUGAGUCUUGGGAAUCCCUACACUUUGAAGAUGAAGGAGCUGGAAGCUGUGCUGCAGAAAGUGAUGCAAGUGAUGAAACCUCAUGUGUUAGUUUGUCCUGGGAGAAUCCUUUGUGGUCUGAGGUUAAGCAGAAUGUAAAGGAACAUCUAUACUACAGCAAGUUAUUUCCAGAAAGUUUAACUCAGAAAUAUGACUAUAAACAAAAGGAGAUGAAAGACUUUCUGAUACAGCAAUAUAACCUACAUUCAGCAAAAGUCACUAGCCUAACAAGACAUCGCCCCAGCCUUACCAGUGCCAGCACGCUUGGCCACCACCAAUUGACAAUACUAGGACUAAAUCAGAAUAUAGCAAUAGAUGUAUCUUUACCAAUGUUAGAAAACUUCAGUGUGUUUGGUAAGAACCAUCUUCCUAAUCGUCUCCAACCUGCUGGAUCGGGUAUUAAUUAUGAAAUCCAAGGCCACCAAUGGCUUUCUCUAAGAGGUGAGCUUGUAGAAUAUGCAAGAACACGGGACAGACUGCAUGUCAUCUGCAUCUUGGACUUGUGUCACCUUGGAGAAAGCAAAGUGGAAGUUUUCUUAAACAGAGUAUAUUAUCCAACAAUAGACUGCACUGAUUAAAAUACAGCAUUACGAUUAUCAGUCCUAUUUUUUUUAUUGCACUUUGUCAUUUAUCAAACAUUUGGAAACUUUGAUAAAUGAUAUUUUUAUUGGGAAGUUUUUUUAAUCCUAAGAUUAAGUGAUGUGGUUUAAACCACUAAAGAUUUUGUGACUUUUUAAUAUUUGAACUAUAUUUAUAUUUUCGCUUCCUAUUGUUGUAUUUCUUGCUUUUAUUUUUAAUGUAAUAUUUUAGUAAGCCUUUUUAAUGUAUAACAUUUAUUUUGUGUGUGUCUCUCUCCUUUUUAUUUUUUAUUUUUUUUCUCCUUCCUCCCAUGGGAGGGGGGCUGUCGUCACAGGUGAAGAAACGCCCACCUGCCGAAAGUUUGGCAGGGUGCGACCUUUAGCCCAGCUCUCACUAUUUCCUGCCUAUGCCGCUGCUUCAAUUAGCAGAGGAUGAACACAGGUUUCGCUUCGGAGCACCGUCUGCACAGAUAUGGCUCCGAAGCCGUAGAAGAGCUUGCUUUGCUAAUUGGAGCAGGGAUGCAGGAAACUGUCAAGGCUAGGUAACAUGUCUGACGCUGUAAAUCUUGUGGCGGUAGGUGGGCAAUUAAUCACCUGCCAGCACAGCAUCCACAGAUGAAGAAGCCCUGUUGAUGAGAAAAAUUGAUUUGCUCAUCUCUAAUAUUAGCUAUAUUGCAUAUAUUUCCGAUUGAAAAUACUUGGAGACACAGGUUCACCCUCUAGUGGUGCCAGCAGGAAGAUUACAUUUUUACAGUUGUAUAUGGACAAACAAAUUAUGUUUUUGUACUAAAGAAAUUAGUUUUACAAAAAGAGGCGGAAAUUUACAGGGUUUACCACUGGCCUUCAUCCCUUUGUGGAGUAAAUAUGUUUAUAUUUGCUUCUGCAAGUGACCACUUCUUGGGGGAGCUGAAAACAUUUAGUUACACGGUUCAUAUUUAAAUAGUCGCUAACUUUUCACACCACUUUGUAUAAAUCAAUAGUACAAGAGACAAUUAGAAACUUAGCAGCAUUUCUCUGAUAAGACGUAUUACAUUUUCCUCUUAUCUGUAUACCUCCCUUCUCUGAUUGCUUAACGUUUUUCUCUGAAAAUUCUCUUGAAGCAGUCCAGAACAGAGCAGCUCACUGAAGGAUCAGACUACAUAAUCACAUAAGUCUAUGGAGAAGGGAAGGGGAGGAGUGAGCAGGAGGUUAGAGACUGCUAAUAAAGUGUCUCAGCCAAGUGCUAAAUUCACAUCCAUACACGUCAGCUCCUCUCUGUAAUGUCAUCCAUGGUCUUGGGUCUGCUUAUGAAUGAGUGUGAGAAAGUUUGGAUGCAGAUUCUCCUUUUUAUGUGCAGUGGAUGGCAGCUGGUCUCCACCCACCAGAUCUUGGAGAACUGCAAACUAGACAUUCAACAUGCACAGAUUAAAACUGGUAAAAAUGCCAGAUACAUAAAUAAUGAACAGAAAUAGUGUUUUCCCUCAUAUGCGUGCACACACUGUACUAUUGAUUAAUGCAAAAUGUUUUGAAAGGUUAAGUACACCACUUUGAAGGGGAUGUUCAGAAUUACAGUACCAUGGCUGCCUUCUAGAAGCUUGGCUCCUUUUGAACUGAAUAGAACAGAGCUUAAAAUACUACAUACAACUUGUGGACAGGUGUGGCACUGGUUUUGGAAGAAAGCAGCCAUUUUUUUUAUUUAUUUAUUUUUUAAACCUAGACCUUCCUUUCUUCAAUGUCUGUGGCAGCUUUAGAAAUGGGAUUCUCCAGUGGCUGUUGCAAGCAGCCAGAAUUUUAACCUUUAAUCCCUUAAUGCAGAAUGUCGUACAUGUACAUUUGCAUUAUGUACCUGCUAAAGAUUUACCUAUGUAUACUGGGGUAGAGAAACAGUGACUGCCAGAGUUGGGCCUCCUGUAAUUAGCAGGAUUGGCGAGAACUCAAAUCCUGGCCAUAAAACUCCUCAGAUGUAAUCGAUUGCCAAACUCCUUAUGUGUAGUUAUGAGUGACCUACGUUCCCAUCACCCCAAGGGUCUUAUAAUAUGCCUGUUAGUAUACACUGCAUACAUAUGUAUACAUAAAAUACUGCAUUACAUAUUUACUGCAGUGUUUUAGAACACAGAUCAAGUCUCUUAGUGGUGAAGACCUCUAACAGGACUUAAAGGCUAUGUACACCUUUUGUGUUUUUUUUUUUGUUUUUUUUUUUUAUAUAUUGCAUUGUACCUAUUUUGAGCUAAAAAUCUUUUUCUUUUUCUUAGCUGUUUUCCCUGCACAGCUUUCAGUUUACUUACUAGCUGUAUCUGUAUUUUCUGGCUGCUUCGUCAGGCAUGGAACCGACUGGUUCCUUAUCUCUGACCUUAUAAGCACUCAUUAAAGCUCAAUUCUUAUCUUACGGAUAAGAAUGUGGAUUAAAUAAGUGUAUUAUUAUUUCUUAUACUCGUAUAGCGCUGACAUAUUCUGCAGCGCUUUACAGACCUUGGCAUCAGGAAGUGCGUUGAUGCGAAACGGCCAUUGGUGCCUGUGUUGCGCUUUGUACCGCUGCUGCCACUGCAUAAUCCUUUGGAUGAAAAUAACGAUUGGGCGAUCAUAGUGAGUGCCAUCAGUAUUACUUUGUUUUGGAGACAUUAGCAUCAUGCUGUCCCGUAUGGGGCUCACAAUCUAUGGUCCCUAGCAUUAAGUCUUUGGAGUGUGGGAGGUAACCCACACAAACACUGGGAGAACAUACAAACGCCAUGCUAAUUUUGUCCUUGGUCUGAUUUGAACCUAGGACCCCAGUGCUGCAAGGCAACAGUGCUAACCACUGAGCUACCAUGCUAUGACCUUUCACUUUUUGCUUAAUCUAAUAACCCUCAUCUCUAAAUUACUAAAAAGAACUAUUCACACAGCUAGACAAAUGGUUAACCCUUUGUGAAAGAACGGCUCAAUGUUUUUGAUAAAGACCAAUAAAAAAAAUGCCUAAAAUAAGUAAAACGCAAAUAUAAUUAUUUUUUUCCCGAUUGUAAAAAUAACAAACCCCUUUCUGAAUUAAACAUGCUUUAUCUCAAACUAUCACAUUUAUGACAACCCAAACUAUUACAUUGUCAACAUAUUAUUUUCAAAGUACCUGCAAAUUUUUUUUUUUUUAAAUGCAGUCAAAAAUGAUAUCUAUAAAAUUUAUUUGCACAUAAUUAUGUCUAGUUUAAACAAAACAAAUUGACACUAACCACUUCACCAUCCUAGACUACUAUUAAUUUACUGCUUACAACCACCACCGAUUAUACAACCAACCUUUUGUUGGCACUAUUUUGUUCGUGUGGCAUUGUUUAAAGUGAUACGGUUUUGAUUUUCUAAGAUUCCCUCUAUAGUGCUCCUUCUGAACAGUGGCCUUUACACCCAUUUUGUGCAUGUUCAGAAUUAUGGCACCCACUAGCCUUAUUUACUAAUAGAGAUGAGCGAACCUCUGUUUUAAGUUCGGCGUCUAA